AGCCGUCGAGAGACGGACCGGCUGGUUGCGGCGGGGAGGGUGCGGCUCAACGGCCGCGUGGCGAGCGCGGGAGACCGGCUGCAGGCAGGCAGGGGGAAUGUGGAACACAGAAGAAUAGAGUAUGACAGAAUAGACUCUACUCAGGUCCGCUUCUCGUACCUCAAGAUGUGGAAGCGGCGCGGCGUGAUCUGCACGACGGACCGGCGCGUGCGAGGCGAGCACGCCGAGGAGGAGGAGGAGGCGGCAGAGCGCAUCUUCCCGAUCGGCCGCCUCGACAAGGACAGCAGCGGCCUCAUCCUGCUCACGUCCGACGGCGGCCUCACAAACACGCUGCUGCGGGCGGGCGAGCGGAAGCGGAAAGAGUACAUCGUGACGACGCAUGUGCCCGCCACCGACGCCGACAUCGCCCGGCUCGCCGCCGGCGUGGUCCUCACACGACGCUCGCCCAGUCGGACGUACCGACGGCGGCUCUUCACAGCCUCCGGCUGCGAGCAGGCGCGGCUGCGGUUCGUGCUCGAGGAGGGUCGGAACCGGCAGAUCCGGCGCAUGUGCGCUGCCUGCGGGCUCGACGUGAUCAAGCUGCACCGCGUGGGCUUCGCGGGCAUCACGCUC